AGGAAGAGGCUGAGCGGGGGGAGCUCGGCCUGCAGGCUCCUGGCAUCGUGAUGUUGAGCAGGACGAAGUCGGAGGGCCUGCCUCUUCUCAUCCUGGGUUGCUUUAGUCUGUGUGUCUGCGGUGGAUAUCCUAAUAAAGCGUUAGACGGGGAAAGCCACGAAUGGAAAAAACUAUUUAUGGUUCAUCAUUGGCCAGCGACUGUAUGCAAGGAGGCAGAAAAUGAUUGCAGAGAUCCCCCUAAUUACUGGACAAUACACGGAUUAUGGCCUGACAAAGCUGAAGAGUGUAAUAGAUCAUGGCACUUCAAUUUAGAUGAGAUAAAGGACCUCCUUCCUGACAUGAAGCAAUUCUGGCCGGAUAUAAUUCAUCCAUCUCCAAAUCGCAGCCAAUUCUGGAAGCAUGAAUGGGAGAAGCAUGGGACCUGUGCAGCCCAGCUAGACAUUCUGAAUUCUCAGAAAAAGUACUUUGGCCAAAGUCUGGAUCUCUAUAAAAAAAUUGACCUGAACGGAGCCCUCUUGAAAUUUGGGAUAGAGCCAUCUAACACCUACCAGAUUUCAGACAUCAAGCAAACCCUUUGCAGCUGGUAUGGAGUUAUACCAAAAAUACAGUGCCUUCCACCAGAGCAGGAAAAAGCCCAAAUACUCGGUCAGAUUGAAUUGUGUUUCACUAAAAACCUGGAGUUGAGAAAUUGUACUGAUCCAGAGGUGGAGUCCAUCAAAAAGACUCUGAUGGGUGAUGUGUCUUCUGAGGGUCCGACUCUGCACGUCUGUGAUGAUGGUCCAGCCUAUUAUCCGCCCGCAGAGGAGCCUGAGAAUUGAUGACAGAGAUGUUUCAAGUAUUCUGAACACACAUUUUGAAGCAGUGAAAUGCUCACGCAGCAGCUCCAGCUUACUUGGUUUAAGAAAACAAUGUGCAAAUUGGAUCGGCUCACUCUUUCUGGACUUCAAACUGUUUCUCUAAGAGUAAGAGAACAAAGAAAACUUGAACCCGAGAUGUUGGUGAUGGCUUGUGCUUAAAGCCCACACUUUUAUUUUCAUUUGUUAUAUGGAAUGAACGAGCAGAAUAGACCUCAGAGUAGAGGUCAUGUAAAUUUAGAGGAGUUUCAUUGUGAAGGUGGUAGAUAAGCCCUCUCACCCAGAUUUUCCCUUUGGGUGUCUAUUCAUUAUGCCAGGCUGAGGGCGAUUCUCUCUUCACCUGUUGCUUAUGGUGUGCCAAGCUAGGCUUUGGUCACCCAAAUGGAUGUGACAUAGGAAGGAACCAGCCAUAGAAAAACUCUAGAGAUUCUCUUUCCUGGCUACCCUGCAGAGAAAGGUUCACCCUUUCUUCACUUUCCCGUCAGAGCUGAUUGCACUACAAAAUCUCAGGUAAUUGAGGUCGCCAAGGGGAAGAAGAGAAAUGGAAGGGACUAAAGGAUCUGUCCCUUCCUGCACUUCUCUGGCCUUGCAUCCCCCUGUACUAAUAUCGUCUGUCUCCCAAUAAAGAUAAUAAAUU